GAUUUCCUUGUGCCAUGUUAUGACCUCCUUGCUAUUUCCAGUAUAUGGGAAAAUCUGGAAACGGGGGGCUCGAAUAUUUUCCACCAUGGGGUGCAAAUACUAAACAUCACCACUUUUUGUGUACAUCAUCACAGGACUCGCUAAAAGUCUGAUUGGCAACAAGGUUACCGACCCCAUGACAAGCACUUUCUUCGAGCAAAGGGCAUCCUACUUCCUUGCUAAUAACAAGAAAGAUUUAUCUUUCACCGUCGAUGCCGUCGGCGUGUUCCAGUAUGACGAUCAUCAUCACGUCAGCCACGAGCCCGACUCCUCCUCACCGACCUCCAACCGCUCUAAUUUCUUCAUGUCAUCGGAUUCGUCCAGCUCGGAAGACGACGAUGUUGCUAGUUAUUCUGAUGCAUCAGAAGGAACCAGUGCUUCAUCCACCGAAGACCAAUUUACCGAAGAUCUCUAUCAUAUCGAAAAAGGCGUCAAUAUGACCGCUCGAAAUGAUUUAAUUGUCCAAAACGAAACCGAACGGGUCGUUCUUUACCAAGAACAUGACUCUGAAGGUCUUCUAUCUCAAUCACCCAAACAAUUCGAUUCUAUUUUGACGGCUGCUGCCGAAAACGACCAGCCGCUUCCCUUGUCUCUUAGUGAUGCCUCGCCUAUAGCAGAUGUUUCUCAAGAUGGCAUGAGCAUCACUGUCAAAACCGGCCCUUCUGGCUUCUUCCAAGAAAACAUCAUUAUCCCUGAUACUCUCAUCAGCGCAUGGUCUGAGCACGCUGUUAAUCCCCGUAUUAUCCGCAUUAAAGCCACGUCCAACGAUGCGUGUUCAGCCGAUUGCUUUGGGCAAGUCAAUCUCUUGGAACCAGAAGGAAUAUCCAUUGUUUCGGAUAUUGACGAUACCAUAAAAGAUACCCAAGUCCUAUGCGGCGCAAAGACAGUUUUGCGUAAUACCUUCUUCAAGGCCGCCCAAGCCGUCGAUGGUAUGGCCGAUACCUACAAAUCCUUGUAUGAUCAUGGCCUAGACUUUCACUAUGUCUCCAACAGUCCUUUCCAAUUGGUGUCAAUGCUCAAGGAUUUCUUGCACGAAAACAAUUUCCCUCUUGGCAGUUUCCAUUUGAGAAUGUCUGGAAAUCCAUUAGCGCGAUUCACAGAAACACCUGGUCAAGCGAAACGAGACAGCGUGUUGCAGAUCAUGCAAGAUUUUCCCCAACGCAAAUUUAUCUUCAUUGGCGACUCUGGAGAAAUUGACCUUGAAAUUUAUUCAAGAAUCGCUCGCGAGCACCCUGGACGAGUUUUGAAAAUCUUCAUCCGGGAUGUCACCACGACUCAUAUGCAUCGAAAGGCGACUAAGAAAUCGGAAUCGUUUGACACCGCCACAUCUUCUUCAUUAAUGAAAAUAUCUCUUGGUACACGAAGACUCUCCCUUGGUCGGCAAACCUCAUCUAAUUCAGCUGAUUCAAGACUUGAAGGAGAAGGAUACCCAAUUUCAGAUCGAGGACUCCCCAGAAACAAUAGCUUUACAAGUAUGAGCACCAGCUCUCCCUCUACGCGAAAGUCGAUGAUUGACUUGUUCCGCGAACGUAUCAAGAAAGCCCAAGCUGAAUUGCCUGACGAUAUGAUUUCUUUGUUCACCACUAGCCAGGAAAUUACCUCUGAUCCCAUCGUACAAAAAGCUAUGCGAGAUCAAGCAUCGCAUUCAAAUUAGAUUUUCGUUUUAUUACAGUCAUCUUACUCUUACACAAUGCCCACUCCAAACCAUCGAUUUUUUGUAUAUAAUUUUAUUCACUCCUUCACACGUUUUGGUAUCAUUGUGAUC